AUGCCAUGCAGAGCAGCCUUUUUCAGCAAGCUUGAAACGUUUUUCAUUAAUACCUUUCAAACAGAAACGCUCGUUUCAAAGGGCAGCUGGUCCUUAAGCUCCUUUAGAUUGUUUGUCUUUCAGUGCGUUCAAAACUGCUACAGUAUCCGGAUGAUCUGCGAGGUGUUACUGCCAAAGACAAGUAGUGUACUCCAUUACCCUCACAGUCCUCAGGUCAGCCCUCCUCCCGCCGCUCCUCUUCCCGCCGCUCCUCUUCCCGCCGCCCCUCUUCCCGCCGUCCCCCCACCACCAACCAUCACCCUCCCCCUCCCCCGCAACAGCUGCACCAGCACCAAACCCUUAUCCAUCAUGGCUUCCGCAAUAGGCGUAGCCACUUCGCACGACUUUCAAUUCUUUGCAGAGAUCAUCGAUGCCUUCAAAGCCGCUGGAGCGUCUGCGCAUGGCGACAACCCACAACAUAUGCAGGUCACCCCCUUUGUCAACGCUAUGACCAUGUUUCUCCGCGUCUUUGACGCCUUUUCCAAUCCCUUCUUUUCCGACGUUGUCAAGAAAGACGUCGAGGGCAAUAUCAAAAAACUCCGAACUGCAGCCAUCAAGCACUCUGCCAGCACGCUUGAAAACGUGCUUGACGAAGAGGCCAAGGACCCCAAGCUGAGAAAGCUGAUUAAGUCCGAAUCCGGAGCCGGCGCAGAAUCGGGAACCGUUGCGCUGCUAUGGACAAAGCGCACAAUGCAGUUUGUGAUCGGCCUUCUGCAACAGCUCGUGGACGACUCCAAGGUGACUCUGUCCACCGCAAGUAGAAAGUCGUAUGCGGCCAGCCUCAAGUACUGCCACAAUUUUAUCACCAAGGGUAUCUUCGAUACCGGCUUGCGCUUCGCCCCCAGCCGCGAGAGCUUUUAUAAGAACCUCGCGGGAGGGUCUGACGAUACGUCCCGCGUGACGCCAGCCCUAGCAGAGUUUUUGGGUGUGUUUCAGCCUCAACUGGAGGGCGUCGUCGCAAUGUAUAAGGCGAAAAAUCUAGAACCUUAUAUCAAAUAGUGGGGUGUUAAAGGACUGGGAGUGGUAAACGUGUCGGUUUGUAGGGUUUGCAGACGCAUCUGAGAAAUUACCAUCAGACUUCAAAUUGGUUAGAGGUAUUUCUGAGAUGUGACGCA